UUCUGUGGGAUUAUCGGCCACAUGACAGUGCUGGGCUGGGCUCCCACUGAGCCUUUCACUUGGCUUCACUUGCAGAGGGGGUCUCUGUUGCCGUCUAGCAGGGUGCCGAGAGCCGGGGACCUCUCCAAGCCAAAUCUGCGCGGACCUGGACAUGAGGUGGUGGUGAGGAAAACUGAAAACUCAAGUGAGAUGGAGCCACACAUGCUGAGUUUGAGUGGAGAAUACUGCGUCGAGGGGAAGUCCCCGUGUUGUUUGGACUCUGAGACUUUGAGUCAGGGAGACAAAGAAUACGAUGAUAUCCUGGAGCUUAAUCAGUUUGAUGGACUUCCUUACUCGUCAAGGUUUUACAAACUGCUAAAAGAAAGGAAAGAGCUGCCGGUGUGGAGGGCAAAGGAUGAAUUUAUGGACUCUUUGACCAAAGGACAGUUUGUGGUUCUUAGUGGCUUUGCCAAGACUGGAAGAAGCUCUCAAAUUCCUCAGUGGUGUGCUGAGUUCUGCCUCUCGGUCCGGUUCCAGCACGGGAUGGUGGUGUGCACCCAGAUUCAUCCACAGCAGGCGGUUGAUCUCGCUCUGAGAGUGGCCGAUGAGAUGGACAUCAACAUCGGCCACGAGGUCGGGUACACCAUCCCUUUGGAAACUUGCUGCACCAGUGAAACUUUCCUCAGGUAUUGCACAGAUGAUAUGCUGCUGAGGGAAAUGAUGUCAGACCCUUUGCUUGAGCGUUACGGUGUGGUGAUCAUAGACCAGGCCCACCAGAGGACCGUUGCUACCGAUGUGCUUUUGGGUCUGCUGAAAGAGGUCGCCCUGCAGAGGCCAGAGCUCCGCGUGGUCCUCCUGUCUGCGACCAAACCGGACCCCAAGCAGCUGAACCUCUUCACUGGGUCAGCACUGCCAGCCAUCCACCUGGAGGCCCCAGAGGUUGGGGAGGUGGCGUACAGCAGCACGGGCGACAGCUACUUCUGCUCUGCUCUCCGUCUCGUGCUGGAGAUCCAUCGCUCCAAGGAGCCGGGGGAUGUGGUUGUGUUUCUGGUGACGAUGCAGGAAAUAGAUCUGGCCCAUGACAUCCUGUGUCAUGAAAAGCGAGGCUUGCCACCUGGUCUGGGUGAACUGCUGCCCAUAGCUGUACAUCCUGACCAACCUGGGAGUCUACCAACAUUUGGGGAGGAGGCGGGUCAGACCAGACGAGUGUUCCUCACAAGCAGUCCAAAUGAGGACUUUUUCUGGGCUUAUAGCUCAAUUAACUUCGUUAUUGAUGCUGGAGUGGAAAAAAGAUUUGUUUACAACCCGAGAAUCAGAACAAACUCUGUCAUCAUCCAGCCAAUCAGCUCAGGUCAAAGCGAGUGCCGCAAACAGCUGGCUGGUCCAACAGGCAAGUGUUUUCGUCUUUACCCGAAAGAGAGACAGCUUCCUGCGAAGAUUCGUCCCCGUAUUAUGGAGUCUGACAUCACCUCCACCGUGCUGUUCCUAAAGAGGAUGGAGAUCGCCGGGCUGGGUCACUGUCACUUUAUCGACAGGCCAGACCCCGGAGGCCUGAUGCAGGCACUGGAGGAGCUGGACUACCUGGCUGCUCUGGAUAACGACGGGAACCUUUCUGAGAUGGGCAUCAUCAUGUCUGAGUUCCCACUGGAGCCUCAAAUGGCCAAGACUGUGCUGGCCUCCUCGCCCUCUUGCUUCACGGUUCCAGCUGUGGAGCUGAAGCCAGAGGCAGCCCAGUGCCUCAUGAAGUUCCAGCACCCGGAGGGAGACCACUUCACCCUCAUCAACAUCUUCAAGGCUUUCAAACAGUGUCAGCAGGACGAAUACUGCGACGAGGAGAAGUGGUGUCAGGACUUCUUCUUUAGCCACAGCGCCCUGCUGACGGCCGACGCUCUUCGAACCGAGCUCACCGACACGCUGAGGAGAAUCGAGCUGCCCGUCUCAGCGCCCGCCUUUGGCUGCCGGGGCAACACGGUCAACAUCAAGAGAGCCCUGCUCGCAGGGUUUUUCAUGCAGGUGGCUCGGGAUGUUGAUGGAUCGGGGAACUAUUUCAUUCUGACUCAUAAACACGUGGCACAGAUCCAUCCGAUGUCUGGAUAUGGAGCCAAGAGCCCCAAGCUGGGCCUGCCGGAGUGGGUGCUCUUCCACCAGCACACGUUCUCGGAGGACAACUGCCUCCGCACCGUCACCCACAUAACGCCAGAGGAGUUCGUUCAAAUGAUGCCACAGUACUUUUUCUACAACUUGCCAUCGAGUGAGAGCAAAGACCUCCUGCAGAAUAUCCUGAGCCGCGGAGCAUCUCAGGACGAGGAGAACAAGCGCUCGUCAAGCGAGGAGCCCCAGGAUGACCGGACGUCUGACCGCUGCGUCGUACAGUGACUGUCAGACCCGCCGCUUCCAGUCAUGGCUGGACAAACUAGCUUGUCUUCACUUCUAGCAUCGACACCAUCUGGAUAGCUGAGCUGUUGUCACAAUGUCCUUGAUUUCUAUUUCUAUCAAUCACUUUUCCCUCCAUGUGUGCCCCUCCUCCUUUUCUUUAUCAGUCAGUGUUUUAUUUUAAAUAGUAAUGUACAGUGCACUAACAUAAAAAUAAAAUAUUUAACAUAUAUGGCAUUAUUGCUCAGUACAAAUUUGAUAUUUGCAUACAUUUGUUAUAAUUUUAAGACUAAAGACCCACUUGAGUCAUUGUUUUUACUGGGUGGAACGACAAUACAGUUAUUAAAAAGUACAAUUUG